GUUAAUUCACCGCUCACGCGGUACCAAAUAAUAAAAGCCAAAGAAAAGAGAAGGGAAAGCAGAGAUAAUACCGCACAGGAGGGAGAGAGGAGAAGGCUUUUGGGUUUCUUCCUCCUCCGGCGCCAUGUAUUCCCAGAUCUAUGGCGGCGCUCCGACGAUCCUCUCUCUUGUUUUACUGAUUUCCGCUGCCGGCGUCUCCUCCGCAUUGCCGGAGAACCCCGUCUCCCGGUCCACAUUGCCCUCCGGCUCCGGCUCCGGCCAGAUCAACUCCAACUCCGUCCUCGUCGCCCUCCUCGACUCCCACUACACCGAGCUCGCCGAGCUCGUUGAGAAGGCCCUCCUCCUCCAAACCCUUGAGGACGCUGUCGGCCGCCACAACGUCACCAUCUUCGCCCCCCGCAACGAAGCCCUGGAGCGCGAUCUCGACCCCGAGUUCAAACGAUUUCUGUUGGAACCCAGAAAUCUCAAAUCCCUCCAGACUCUGAUCUUAUUCCAUGUUAUUCCUACCCGGAUCGGCUCCGAUUCGUGGCCGACAUCGGAACCCGCCCGCCACCGGACCCUCGCCGCCGACCCCCUCCACCUUUCCGGCUCCCGCGAGGCAAAGAGGGUUGACCUCGCCGCCGUGGUCCACCCGGACUCGGUGGUCCGCCCUGACGGCGUGAUUCACGGCAUCGAGCGCCUUCUCGUCCCCCGAUCCGUCCAGGAGGACUUCAACCGCCGGCGCAGCCUCGCCUCCAUCUCCGCCAUUCUCCCCACCGGCGCCCCCGAGGUGGAUCCCCGCACCCACCGCCUCAAGAAGCCCGCCCCUCCCGCCCCUGCCGGCUCCCCGCCGGCCCUCCCUAUCUACGACGCCAUGGCCCCUGGCCCGUCCCUGGCCCCCGCCCCUGCCCCGGGCCCCGGCUCCGGCAAGCACUGGUUCGAUGGCGAGAGCCAGGUCAAGGACUUCAUCCAGACCCUCCUUCUCUACGGCGGCUACAACGAGCUCGCCGACAUUCUGGUAAAUCUCACAUCCUUAGCCACCGAGAUGGGCCGUCUGGUCUCCGAGGGCUACGUCCUCACCGUCCUCGCCCCCAACGACGAUGCCAUGGCGAAGCUGACGGCGGAUCAGCUGAGCGAGCCCGGAGCACCGGAGCAGAUUGUGUACUACCACCUGGUCCCGGAGUAUCAAACGGAGGAGAGCAUGUACAACGCGGUGCGGCGUUUCGGGAAGGUGCGUUACGACACGCUCCGGCUGCCCCACAAGGUGGUCGCGCGGGAGGCUGACGGCUCCGUCAAGUUCGGCCAAGGAGAGGGUUCCGCUUAUCUCUUCGACCCCGAUAUCUACACCGACGGCCGGAUCUCCGUCCAGGGAAUCGACGCCGUUCUUUUCCCGCCGGAGGAGGAGACCCCCGCCGCCGUCGCGCCGACAGCCGCCAGGAAGACCGUCAAGGCCGCCAAGCCAAGGAGAGGGAAGUUGUUGGAACUUGGGUGCCAAAUGUUGGGUGCUUUUGGUCAGCGGGCUCAUUUCACCACUUGCCAGUAGAUAAGAGGGUCUCAGAACAGAAGGUAAUUCGGAUGGAAAAGAACUUAAGGUGUAUCCCCUCCUAAAUUCUUUAAGUAAUAACACGAGGGUUAAAAAAGGAGUGUUGUAUGUUAAAUACUAGAGAGCACAGGUGUCCAUGCGUGUAUAGAAAUGUUUUUGUUGGUUGUCAAUUUCAAAUAAUCAUAACCGUUCAUUGAUAAUUCUUUUUUAUACGGUAUGAUGUGAAAUUUGCUAUACUCGGUUAAUUUUUGCUUGUUUGGAAAAGGGGGGCGGUGUGCAAGCUUAUUAAGCUGGUGGGAGAUGAAUUGUGUAUUAAUAAAGGGGGAAAAAGUUAUUGUUUGGAAAU